UUUUUUUUUUUUUUUUUUUUUUUAGUCUGACCACACAAGGAAGCAGAGAAACUGACCAUUUAGUGGCUGGAAUCAGGAAGCUUCUCAGUGUGGGCAGACACCAGGAGUACACCAUUCUGACAUCCCAUUUCUUUAUUUUGUAAAACCAUAUUUUUUGAAUCUCAUGAGCAUUAAUAGGAGGUAUCUGAUGUAGCACUUUAAUUAUUCCUAAUUAGGGUUUUAUAUACUUUCCUUUGCCCAUCUAUAAUCUUUGUACUUCUCAUUUUCCUUGCAGAAUAACUGCCCACCCCCACCACACAGAGGAAAUGACCACAAUGAAUUGUUACAUUAUGCCUGGUAUUUAUUUCUCCCAAGAGACCAUCUGCUCCUGGGUAGUAAACUAGGUGCCCUCCAUUAAUAAAUCUGAUGAUGCGAUGAUGUAAAUUUUCUUGUUGACAUCUACAAUUCAGAAUGUGAUGUUCUCCACCCCACUCUGCAACUACAAACGUUAAGACAGGUUGUAAUGGCAGGUGCAUUUUGUUCAGUUCCAUACACUACUCCUGAAGUUGUUUUUAUUCACAAGACGACUAAGACACUUAAAGACAUUUCUAUGAUUAAAAGGGUUAGGGAUCCUUUAUUCAGCUUUAACUAAAACAUCUCACCGGAUGCAGGUGUAUUUGUAAAGUUAGUUUGGCUUCAGUGUCCUCAGCCUCAGGUUGUAGAGAGCACUGGAGGGUGGAGCCCUUGCAACUUGCUUAUCGUAGAGCGCGCUUGUCUUUGGGCGUCAGAGCACGCGUAGCGCACGUAUGGACCCACUUUUCUAGCCUGACCCUCACCUCAAAGGCUGUCAACUCUUCUGUCCCUCCCCUCCGCGCCAGGUCCGCCUCUCUCAUCCACUUUCACGCUCCGCCCCAGAGCGGAAACCUCGUACCGUAAUUGGCAAAGUCUCUUUUCACUCCGGCUGCAUAACCAAUCCUUAGAACUCCGGAGUAGUGUGGCUCUGCCAAUCAGAUCAGUUGCAGCCGCAGGAGCCGGGUCCGGACCGCCCAGAGGCGUGGCCGGAGGCGGGGCGCAGACACAGGAUUAGUUGCCAUUCCGAGUGAGAACCGGGUCGAGGUGGCUGCGGCGGCGGCGUUUGCGGUGGCGCGGGCUACGCGCAGCGCGAGGCGCCUCGAGGCCCCUUUCUCUCCUCAGAGGCCAGAGUCCCGGCUCUACCCGUGGCCGCCGGGUCCUGUCGCGCGGGCGAUCCCCGUGAGGGCUGAGGAGCCCCGGGAAGCCGGCGAGUGCCCUGUCAGCGCGAUGCCCGGGGCGGCGGCGGCCAUGGGCUGGACGCGGGCUCGGCCGUGAGCGCCCCGCAGAGCGCCGCGGGGCGGUUGAGGCCGUUGGACGUUGGCCGUCGCGGCGUCCCCUCCCCCUCGGCGGCGGGGUGCGCGUCGGAAGGGGAGCCCCGCGGCUCCGCCCCUCGCCGCCCCUCCCCCGUACACAUCGCACGCACCGCCGCGCCGGCUCCCACACGCUCGCGCGCCCGCCCGCCCGCCCGCGGAGCCACCAUGUCCACUGCGUCCUCCAGUUCCUCUCAGACCCCUCACCCCGCGCCGCAGAGGAUGCGGCGCAGCACCGCGGGCUCCCCGCCCGCCGCUGCCGGGAGCGGGACGGGGCCGGCCGUGAGCUGCGCACCGGCUGCGGGAGCCGGCCGGCUGCUGCAGCCCAUCCGCGCCACGGUGCCCUACCAGCUCCUGCGGGGCAGCCAGCACAGCCCCACGCGCCCCGCCGCCGCCGCCGCGCUCGGCAGUCUCCCAGGGCCCAGCGGGGCCCGUGGCCCUAGCCCGUCCAGCCCGACUCCACCGCCGGCCACUGCCCCAGCCGAGCAGGCGCCUCGCGCCAAGGGCCGCCCGAGACGGUCCCCCGAGAGCCAGCGGAGGAGCAGCUCACCUGAGAGACGGAGUCCCGGCUCGCCCGUGUGCAGAGUGGACAGACCAAAAUCUCAGCAAAUUCGAAACUCUAGUACAAUAAGGCGAACCUCUUCUUUGGAUACGAUAACAGGACCUUACCUCACAGGACAGUGGCCACGUGACCCUCAUGUUCACUACCCUUCGUGCAUGAAAGAUAAAGCGACUCAGACACCUAGCUGUUGGGCAGAGGAGGGAGCAGAAAAACGAUCACAUCAGCGCUCUGCGUCAUGGGGAAGUGCUGAUCAACUGAAAGAGCAGAUUGCCAAACUCAGGCAGCAGUUACAGCGCAGCAAGCAGAGCAGUCGGCACAGUAGAGAGAAAGAUCGACAGUCACCUCUCCAUGGCAACCACAUACCGAUCAGUCAUACUCAGGCUAUUGGGUCCAGGUCAGUCCCUAUGCCUCUGUCAAACAUAUCCGUGCCAAAAUCCUCUGUUUCCCGUGUGCCCUGCAAUGUAGAAGGGAUAAGUCCUGAACUGGAAAAGGUAUUCAUCAAAGAAAACAAUGGGAAGGAAGAAGUAUCCAAGCCGUUGGAUAUACCAGAUGGUCGAAGAGCCCCGCUCCCUGCGCACUACAGGAGCAGUAGUACCCGAAGCAUAGAUACCCAGACACCUUCUGUCCAAGAGCGCAGCAGUAGCUGCAGCAGCCACUCCCCUUGUGUGUCCCCAUUUUGUCCUCCGGAAUCCCAGGAUGGAAGUCCUUGUUCAACAGAAGAUUUGCUGUAUGAUCGUGAUAAAGACAGUGGGAGUAGCUCACCGUUACCCAAGUAUGCUUCAUCUCCCAAACCAAACAACAGCUACAUGUUCAAACGGGAGCCCCCAGAGGGAUGUGAGCGAGUGAAGGUCUUUGAGGAAAUGGCGUCUCGUCAGCCUAUCUCGGCCCCUCUCUUUUCAUGUCCUGACAAAAACAAGGUUAAUUUCAUCCCAACCGGAUCAGCUUUCUGUCCUGUAAAACUUCUAGGCCCUCUCUUACCUGCCUCUGACCUGAUGCUCAAGAACUCUCCUAAUUCUGGCCAGAGCUCAGCUCUGGCCACACUAACCGUAGAGCAGCUCUCCUCCCGGGUCUCCUUCACGUCCCUUUCUGAUGACACCAGCACCGCAGACUCCCUGGAGCCCUCUGUCCAGCAGCCAUCUCAGCAGCAGCAGCUCCUGCAGGAUUUGCAGGCAGAGGAACACAUCUCCACUCAGAACUAUGUGAUGAUCUAAAGCAGAGGGGGAGCUGGCCUCCGCCCAUGUUCCAUGGAUCGGGAAUGAGAUCUCAGACAUCUAUCUGCAUGGAGUGACAAACUUUCUGAACACCACCACCAACAGCAAAAUACUUAGCAUCAUAAAAUAGCUAUUAACACUGAUCUUGGCAGGGACCGACUUCUAUUCAGCAGUUUUUGUGGAAAGCAGUAAUGCUUGCAAAAAUGUGUGUGUCAUUCAGCAUUUAAGUGGAGACUAUGCAUUUCAUAGUAUGUCUGACAGACUAGUACUGUGUCCUGUGUUUUGUUCCAAAUUUUUCAGUAUGAAUAAGCUCUACUUCAAAAAGUUGCCUGUCUAAGUAGAAAAUGUCUUGCUGUGUUUUGUCCUAUGGAAAAUACUGUACUUCAGGAUUAUGUUUACAAUUGAUCCAGGUGUUUGUUUCUAACUUCUAUAAUACAUACAAUGCAAAAAAAAAAAUGGCCACAACAGUUGCACAGUGCCCACCCUAUGGCCUAGCUUCAGGUACUUCAGUUGAAGUCUAAACUCAGGUAACUUGGAAUGUAUGUCAUAUUGGGAUAGUAAAUAUUUCACAGCUACCAAGCUGAAGAGAGAACAUCACUCUUUGCCUUUCCUUAUUUUCUGCAUUUCCUUUUCUUCAUUCCAUUCCACAUUAGACUAAGAAGUGCAUUCAUCCCUAGGAGAUGGUAAUCCUGGAUAUGGGGACCAUGAGGAGAACCAGCAAAUCUGUGGUGUGUGACAUCACUUUUGUCAUGUGGUUACCAGUAGAACAACUGUUGCAUUCACUGUUUCAACAUGUGUAAAUGUGGCUUUAAAAAAGUCGUGUUGCUCAGUUAAUGACUGUUACAAUGUUGCAAAUAAAGCUUCAGUAGUAGACUGUACAUAAACAUUCCACAUUGUGUGUGAUGAAAUUUAAAUGCAAGAAUGGCUGGAUUUGAUUUCAAAGCAAGUGAAGUUUUGCAGGAAUAAAUAAUUAAGGAUUUUUGCUUAUAUUGGCCAUUGGGGUCAUAACUGCUACUAUUUUUAUCUAAAGACAUAUUUAUGUUUAGCUUCAUUUUAGGAAAUUCUAAUUUGCUGGUUACAAAGUGAAGCAUUUUGGUUAUUGUUUUCCUCGAGUAUUUGAUAAAUGAGUUGUAUUCAUGUAGAGAGAAUGUGUAUGUCUCAGAACCAAUGCAGCAUAAGCAAGCAGAUUUCUUGUAACUUACAAGAGCAAUAGCUUAAAGCUGUCUCAUUUAAGCCUCAGAUAACACUAUCAUGAAUAAUUUUGUUAAGACUUGGAAUGUGUGGAGUGGAGCAGAACCCCAAGUAAAUAGCCUUGAACGUGCAGACUUGACAGAAGUUCUCCACAGAGUGUGAAGAGAGCCUGACUUGAGACUGUUUUCUGCAGCAUAGCUUUCGCAAAAGUAAAGGGAAGCUUUUGUAUUCGUGUCCCAUUGCUUUGUUCAGUUGGAGCCUAGAGUCCACUCAUCUCCACCUAAAGUGUGUGGCACAUUUGUUUGUUUGUUUGUUUGUUUGUUUGUUUGUUUGUUGUUUUGUUUUUAGAAUUAGGAGAGCAAGUUGCCUACAGUUAAUGUUCUGGUUUCCUUAGAUCAUUCCUGAGGUUUUCUUUGGACUCUUCUACGGAGUCGAUGAGUAGGAGAAACAUGAGCUGGUACAAGUGACACCAUUUUCACUUUUAUAAAAUGCUGUCCGUGUGUGUGCAUGCAUACACAUGCACCGUAUGUGUGUGUGUGUGUGUGUGUGUGUGUGUGUGUGUGUGUGUGUGUGUUCCGUGUGUUAUUUUGUCACCUCAAUCUCUCCUUUCCACCAAAGUUUGCAGUAAUACUCUCUCCUGCAGGUGCGCUCUGCCUCACAGGCAGUGUUACAGAGACUGUCAAGGAGAAAGGACUCAGUUGACUUUUGCCAUUUUCACAGGGGAACCUUUUAAAACAAUCUUUUCAGCAGCAGACACCUUUAACCCUAAUAAUCUCAGGCCUUGAUGAAAAUACUAUAUUUUGUAGAUUAUGGUUAAAGGAAGAAAAUUACUAGUUCCGUAAGAGAAAUAUGAGCUCCCUUUAACUUGUGACACUGGGUUAGCAUUACCCGAUGUGUUGAUCGUGUGCUCUGCUUUUGUCUGAGAUGCAAUGGAAUCAUUGUCAGUUUCAGAAAGACGGACUGAAUAUGCUUUUCUUGGUGACGAAAUCUAUGUACAAUAUUUAUAGUGAUGUGCUUUUAUUUUCUCAUGAGAAACUAAAUACUGUGCUGUACAUUUGUUUUUAGCGUAUAUUAAAGUUUUGAACCAAAUGUGUUAAAGCUUAUGCUUUGCCAUGUAAAUUUCCCAGAGGUUGUUGAGCUCAAACGUGUCCUACACCAGCUGUAGACACUUGUCAGAAACUGUUUAAAUUUUGUAUAUAGGUGUACUGUUUAAUUUUAGCCACUGCGCUGAACAGUAUUCAAGUUAUAUAAUAAGGCUUUACACAAGAAAUGUGUGGCUUCUGUUUUGUAUUUUUUUCAGUAUAGAAGUUCCUGUGUCUUAUUUAAAUAAAGUUAUUAGUAAAACUGGAA